GCUGCUGCGGCGGCAGGAGGCGGAGGCUUGGCUAGGUCCCCUCCUCCGGGCCCGGCUCAGGGAGGAGCCCUAGCGACCCCGGCCCGGCACUGCACAGCGAGCGGCCGGGGACGGACAGCGAGCGCGGCCAGGCCCAGGCGACGGCGUCCGCCGAGCUGGGAAGGGGAAGGUCGCGAGCCCGCCGCCGCUGUCGCUGCAGUCGCCAUCCAUCCACUCCGUUCUUCCAGACGCCUGGCCCCUGGCCUUCGCGCGCCCAUGCAGCCCGGGAGCCCGGCGUGAGCGCUCCGGCCGGGCCUGGCUCCGGCUCCGGCUCUGGCUCCGGCCGCGGCUGCUGCUGCGGUUGCGGGGCGGCGGCCGCCGGGCUGGGCCGGGCCGGGCCAGGCCGGGGCCAUGCGCAGGGUGCACUAAGCGAUGCCGCGGGGACAGGGGCCGCAGCUCGCAGCCCCCUCCCCGCAUGGUCAUGGCGGCCCCCGGCCGCCCCCUGCUCCCGCGCCCGCCCCCGCCCGACUCGCUUUCUGCCUUUGCUUGGGGCUCUGCCUCGGGGGCCUCUCCGCCGCUCCAGACCCGGGCUGCCAACCCUGCGGCCUUGACUGCGACUGCACCCAGGGGCCAGGCAGUGCCUGCAGCGUCAACUGCUCCGGCCGCGGCUUGCGAGGGCUUGGGCCCGAGCUGCCCAUCCCGCCCGACGUGACUUCGCUGGACAUCUCGGACAACUUCAUCAGCACGUUAGAGACUGAGUUCUUUGAAAACCUCUCUUCCUUGGUACAACUAGACAUCAGCAACAACAAGAUUACAACACUAGAAGAAGGAUUAUUUGCUAAUUUAUUUAAUUUAAGUGAAAUAAACUUGAGUCUGAAUCCGUUUGUCUGUGACUGCAACUUGUCCUGGUUACCCGGUUGGGUGGAGGAACAGAAGGUCAGUGUGGUUCAGCUGAGGGAGACUCAGUGUGCCGAGCCAUCACACCUGGCAGAUGUCCCCAUCCUCAGUGUCUCCUUUGAUGGUACCUGUGAUGAGGAGUACAUUGCCUGCCUCCAAGACAAUAGCUCAAGCACCAUGGCUGUGGUUGUCUUCUCAGCUGCCCAUGAUGGUGUCCUGGCCCAGAAUAUUUGCAGUGCCUUCUGUUUUUCCAUUGGUCAGGAGUAUGGAGGUCUCUCAGAGGAGGGCUCCUGCUUCUGUGGUAAAGCACACUCCCCUAAUGCCUCCUCCAGCUGCCUCCUCUUCUGCUCUGGGCUUCCAGCAUCUCCUGCAGCAUGCCGGGUACCUAUUAUUCUCCACAAUGUCUUCCCUGCCUCCCUAGAAGCCUCGCUCUGGGGGCCUGAGGUCCCCCAGCCUGCUGGCCAUCCUGUGACCUUCAACGUAAGCACCCUACUGUCUGCUAACAACUUGCGCUGGGACUUUGGGGAUGGGACCUCGGCAUUGACCACGGGCCUUGCCGUAUCUCACCGAUUUAUUCUCCCUGGUCACUACAAUGUGACUGCUGAUCUGACCUUGGAAGCAAACACAGCCUUACUAUGGACAGAGGUGCAAGUAGAGGCUGUGCCCACAGAACUAGAGCUGCUGUGCCCAUCCUGGCUACAAAAUAACGAAAGCCUUGAAUUUGAUAUCCGGAACCGAGGGGGCACUGGACUCAGUGCCAUCUACAGCAUCAUGGCAGAGAGUGAGCAGCCUGCCCGAGUGGUCCACCCUCUGUGCCCCUCAAACACUGAUAUCUUCCCUGGGAAUGGUCACUGCUACCGUUUGGUAGUGGAGAAAGCUUCGUGGCUCCAGGCCCAGAGGCACUGUCAAGCCUGGGGUGGUGGAGACCUGGCCAUUGUAGGCAGCCCUGAAAUCCAGCACUUCCUGGUCUCCCAGGUCACCAGGAGCCUGGAUGUGUGGAUCGGCUUCACGGCCUUGUCGGGUCCUGGGGUGCCACCCCAUGGAGAGGCCUUCAGCCUGGAGAGCUGUCAGAACUGGCUGCCUGGAGAGCCGCACCCUGCCAAUGCCGAGCACUGUGUGCGCCUGGGCCCUGCUGGCCAGUGCAACACCGACCUCUGCACGGCCACCCACAGCUACGUGUGCGAGUUCCAGCCCACAGGAGUCGUGUCUAAUGCGGAGAAUUUCUUUGUGGGGGAUGGCAGCUGGGACCUAUCAGGGCCUGUGGUCCCCAUGGAAGAGCAGGAUGUCCUCUCUGCCCCAGGAUGUGAGACUGUAGAGGUAAUGAUUUUUCCUGGACUAGUGCUGCAGCAUAAAGGUUUUCUCACUGCUGCUGAGUUUUGGACUCAGGACCUUACACAGCCUGUACAAAUGAGGCUUCAGAUAUAUCGUCCUAUGGAAGGAGGUAUUCCAGAGAGCACUAGCAAACCUUCAUGCUCACCCUUAGACAACCAAACAUCGGUGCCCCUUGAGUGCUUGGCUGGGGAGUACUGGUGUCCCUUGGCAAAUAUGUGCUUGUCCCUGGACAGUCCUUGCAGCAUAUCACCCUGUGCUAAUGAUUCUUCCUCCAAACAAGACAACCAUUGGUCCAGCUACUACUCACUUUGGAGAGAGUUCCUGUUCUCCAUCCCAGCAGGCCCUUCCUUGCAAUACUCAGUAAGCUUCAGCAACAAGAAUAUCUCCUUGCUCCCUGGGGACCUCUUCAGUGUCCAGCAUGAUGCAGGCCCAGGUGCUCUCCUCCACCAUCUGUCCUAUCCUGAGACACUUUCCCACCAACAGCUCCAGCCUGAAUAUUUAAGUGCCAAUGUCUCAACUUGGCUGCCCAGCCUGCCUGCUCACCUCUCUGAAGUGUCUAGCCCCAAUGGCACCACUUGUGCCCUUCGUCUGCUCUUUGCUUCAGAACAGGUGACCCGUCUCCUUGGCCAGCUCAUUAACCCUGGGCUACAACACGUUGGGCACUACGUGGUUCAAGCUUCUGUGGACAAUAGCGUGUCCAGCCACAACUUGUCCUGUAGUUUUGAUGUGCUCUCGCCCGUAGUGGGACUCAGAGUCAUUCAUCCCACCCCCCAGGAUGGCCGGUUCUACGUGUCCACCAACUGGACUUACCUCGUGCUGAAGAUCAGCUCAGGGGUCAACUCCACAGCCAGUCAGCUGGGCAGCAACCAGAGUGUGCCCUUUGAAGCCUCCUGCCCUCCAGGGGUGGUCCAGCUGACAGCAGACUGUAUCCGGGAAACCAAUGACACCUGGUUUGCAUUACUUGAACUUGAUGGUCUUGGGGAGGAUGAAAGCCUAGUGGAGAUUGUGGCAGAAAACCAUGUGAGCCGUGAGAAUAUCAGCAUCCAGGUGAAGGCUGAGGAGCCUAUCCGGGGACUCAGUGCCACCCCAAACCCCCAGACCCGGGUGUUACAGAGCACCCUGGUGAGGUACAGCCCUAUAGUUGAUGCUGGUUCUGACGUCGUUUUUAAGUGGACCAUCGAUGACAAACAGUCUCUGACCUUCUACAACAUUGUCUUCAAUGUCAUCUACCAGAGUGCUGCUGUCUUUAAGCUCUCGCUGACAGCCUCCAACCACGUGAGCAACGUCACCGUGAACUACAAUGUCACAGUGGAGAAGAUGAAUAAGAUGAGAGACCUGGUGGUGUCUGAGGUUCCAGCCAUCAUUCCCCAGAACACCACGCUACAGCUUGGAGCUAGUGUCCAAGUGGACUCGGCUGUGGAAGUAGCUUUUCUGUGGACAUUUGGGGAUGGGGAGCAAGAGAGUGGUCAGUUCAAGCCCCCAUACAACGAGUCUUUUCUAGCUCCAGAGCCUGGUGUCCAUCAAGUGCUAAUCGAACACAAUGUCACACAUACCUAUCAUGUCCCAGGUGACUAUAACCUCACAGUGUUUGUGUUCAACACCUUUGAGAAUUUGACCCAGCAGUUGCCCCUGAGCGUGCGGGCUUCCUUGCCCCACGUCACCGUGGAGACAGACGGUGGCGCCCUGGUGGUGGGCCGCCCCAUCACCUUUACCCCACGCCCGCUGCCCUCUCCGACUGGGGUCUCGUACACGUGGGACUUUGGGGACGGCUCCCCAGUGGUGCUGAGGAGUGAGCCGGCAGUCAGCCAUGCCUAUGGGUACCGAGGGGUGUAUAACAUCAGCCUGAUGGUCAACAACACCGUGAGCAGUGUGAGAGCAGACCUCUCUGUCCGGGUCUUUGAGGAGAUUCGGGGCUUGCGCGUGAGCCCGAUUGCAGCCACAGAAAAGGGCAUGGCUGUCACUGUCAAUGCUUCAGUGGAAGCUGGGGACAACAUCACUUGGACCUUUGAUAUGGGAGACGGCACGGUCCUGACUGGCCCAGAGCCUUCUGUCCAGCAUGUCUACUUGCAGGAUGAGAACUGCACCCUCAGGGUGACCGCGGCCAAUCCUGUCAGCUCUGCCUCCCAGCUCCUGCCCGUCCACAUCUUUGUCCUGGAAGUGCUGAAGAUCGAGCCUGCAUCCUGUAUCCCUGAGCAGCCCGAGGUCCAGCUAACGGCCCACGUGACUGGGGACUAUACGCACUAUGUCUUUGACUGGACUUUUGGUGACGGCUCGUCCAAUGCCACUGUUCACGGUCACCCCACGGUCACCCAUAACUUCACCCGCAGUGGGACUUUCCCGCUCUCGCUGGUCCUGUCCAGCCUAGUCAACAAGGCCCAUUACUUCACCAGCGUCUGUGUGGAGCCGGAGGUCAGCAACGUCACCCUGCGCCCUGAGAGGCAGUUUGUGAAGCUUGGGGAGGAAGCCAGGCUGGAGGUACAGGCCUUCCCUCCGUUUUUCUACCACUUCUCCUGGGAUUUUGGGGCCAAUGACUCCGCCCGCUCAGGGGGCACAGAGGUGAGCUACACUUACAAGGUCCCCGGGAUCUACCUGGUCACAGUGACGGUGUCCAACAACGUGUCCUCAGACAAUGACACGGCCUUCGUGGAGGUGCAAGAGCCCGUGGGCAUCAGCAGCAUCGAGGUCAAUGGCUCACACGUGCUGGAGCUAAACCAGCCCUACCUGUUCUCAGUGAAGGGCAGCGGGAGCCCAGCCAGCUACAGCUGGGACCUGGGGGAUGGCCGGAGGCAGGAGAGCCCACAGGUUGUCCACGCCUUCAACUGCACGGGCACCUACACGGUCAGCGUGCUGGGCUGGAACGAGGUGAGUCACAGCGAAUCCCAACUCAACGUCACCGUCAAGAGGCGGGUGCAGGGCCUGAGUGUCAACGCCAGCCGGACCGUGGUGCCCCUGAAUGGCUCGGUGAGCUUCAGCACCACGCUGCAGGCGGGGAGCGACGUGCACUACUCCUGGGUCCUGUGCGACCGCUGCACUCCCAUCCCAGGCUCCUCCACCAUCUCAUACACGUUCCGCUCUGUGGGCACCUUCAACAUCAUUGUCACAGCCGAAAACGAGGUCAGUUCCCUGCAGGACAGCAUCUUCAUCUAUGUGCUGCAGCAGAUUGAGGGGCUUCAGAUGCUGGGCACGGGGGACCGGGACUGCUUCCCUACCAACCGCACUCUCCAGCUGCAGGCUGCAGUGAGGGAUGGCACCAACAUCUCCUACAGCUGGACAGUGCAGCAGGACGGCACUCUCAUCCACGCUGCCCAGGGCAAGGUCUUCCCACUGACCAUCCCUGAGGCUGGCACGUACCACGUCCAGCUGAGGGCCGUCAACAUGCUGGGGAGUGCUGUGGUCAACAGGACGUUCGAGUUUGUGGAGAACGUGGGGCAGCUGGCCCUGUCUGCCUCCCCCAACCCCGUGGCUGUGAACACGUCUGUCAACAUCAGCGCCGCGCUGUCCAGCGGCACGGGGAUCACCUAUGUCUGGCUCCUGCAAGAGGGAGUCCAGGUGGAAGCUGCUGACCCGUCCAUCACCCACUCGUUCCCUAGCCCUGGGCUGUGGGCAGUCACUGUCGUAGCCAAGAACCCACUCAGCUCAGUCAACGGCACGAUCUUCGUGGAUGUGCAGGAGCCCGUGGCUGGCCUCGGUGUCAGGUGUGGGGAGUUGGGCCACAGUUUUGUGGUCUCUGGUUCUGCCGUUCACUUCUGGGGGGAUCUGGAGCACGGGAGCAAUGUGAGCUGGUCGUGGGAGGUGCUAGACAGUACCAAGAGUGGCCAGAGAAUGACGGAAGUCUUCCCCAAUGCCGGUGCCUUCUCCAUCCGCCUGAACGCCUCCAAUGCUGUCAGCUGGACCGCAGCCAGCUGCAACAUCACCGUGGAGGACCCCAUCCAGGGUCUGGAGCUCUGGGCGAGCAGCCGGGUGGUAGAACCAGGGGAAAGGGUCCAUUUCAGCAUCCGCCUGGCCUUGGGCUCGGAUAUCAGUUAUCGGCUCCUGAUUAGUGGGGGGGCCCCCACGGCUCUGGGCGGACCCAACUUCUCCCAUAGUUUCCCCAAAGUGGGCGACUAUAUGGUGACUGUGCAGGCGGAGAAUCAUGUGAGCUGGGAGCAGGUCCAGGUGCGCAUAUCGGUCCUGGAAGCCAUUGCAGGGCUGCAGAUUGUGGGCUGCUGUGAGCUUGGUAUACCGACAGGUGGGGAGAGGAACUUCACAGCCCGAGUGCAGAGGGGGUCACGUGUCUCAUACGCCUGGGAUUUCUCCCUACAGAAGGUGCAGGGGGACUCCCUCGUCAUCCUCUCCGGCCGAGAGGUGGCUUACACCCCUGUGGCCGCUGGCCACCUGGAGAUCCAUGUCCGUGCCUUCAAUGACCUGGGCAGUGUGAACCUCACCAGGACCAUCGAGGUUCAGGACCUCAUCCAAGCAGUGGAUCUCCAUCCCGGGAGCUGCUUCACAAACCGGUCAGCCCAGUUUGAGGCAGCCACAAUGCCCAGCCCCCGGCGGGUCUCCUAUCACUGGGAUUUUGGAGACGGGUCUCAGGCCCAAGUGACUUCCACGCCCUUGUCCAACCACACUUACCUGCUUCCUGGGGACUACCACAUCCAGGUCAACGCCUCCAACCUGGUUAGCUUCUUGGUGGCCAAGGCCACGGUGACAGUGCGGGUGCUGGAGUGUGAGGAGCCGGAGGUGGAGGUGGCCCUGCCCACCCAGGUGGUGAUGCGGAGGUCUCAGCGCAGUUAUCUGGAGGCGCACAUCAACUUGCGGGGUUGUGUCACCUACCAGACUGAAUACCACUGGCAGGUGUACCGGGCGGCCAGCUGCCUCCACUACCGGCGCUCCGCCCACGUGCCCCUGCCCGGCGUGGACGUGAGCCGGCCUCAGCUGGUGGUGCCGCGGCUGGCCCUGGCCGUGGGCGACUACUGCUUUGUCUUUGUGGUGUCCUUCGGCGAUACGCCCUUAUCCCGCAGCAUUCAGGCCAAUGUCACUGUGACGCCUGGCCGGCUGGUGCCCAUCAUUGACGGGGGCUCCUACAGAGUCUGGUCCAACACACGGGAUCUGGUGCUCGAUGGCGGCAAAUCUUAUGACCCCAAUCUAGAGGAUGGUGACCAGACCCUCCUCAGCUUUCACUGGGCCUGUGUCUCUUCCUCCAAGAGUCACCCCGGAGGGUGUCCCUUAAACUUUGGCCCCCGAGGAAGCAGCAUGAUCACCAUUCCAAAAGAGCGGCUUGAGGCUGGCGUGGAAUAUACAUUCAACCUGACUGUCUGGAAGGCAGGAAGAAAGGAAGAAGUGACCAAUCAGACGGUGCUGAUCAGGAAUGGCUUGGUGCCCAUUGUGUCUCUGGAAUGUGUUUCCUGCAAAGCACAAUCAGUGUAUGAAGUGAGCAAGAGUUCCUACGUCUACCUGGAGGGAACCUGCCACAACUGCAGCAGUGGCUCUAAGCGAGGGCGAUGGGCAGCCCAGACAUUCAGCAACAAAUCCCUAGUACUGGAUGAGUCGACAACAUCGACAGGCAGCUCAGGCAUGCGACUGGUUCUGAGGCGAGGUGUGCUGCGCGAUGGCGAGGGCUAUACCUUCACCCUGACUGUAUUAGGCUGCUCCGGGGAGGAAGAAGGAUUUGCUUCCAUUGACCUCUUCCCCAAUCGCCCUCCUAUUGGGGGCUCUUGCCGUCUUUUCCCCCAUGAGGCCGUCAAGGCUCUCACCACCAAGGUUCACUUUGAAUGUACAGGCUGGCGGGACACAGAGGAUGAGGAUGCCCCACUGGUGUAUUCCUUGCUUCUGCGGCGCUGCCGUCAGGGAUACUGUGAGGAGUUCUGCAUCUACAAAGGCAGUCUCUCUGCAUAUGGAGCUGUGUUGCCCCCUGGUUUUAAGACCCACUUUACUGUGGACCUCUCUGUGGUGGUGCAGGACCAGUUAGGUGCUGCUGUGGUGGCCCUGAACAGGUCUCUGCUUAUUACCUUGCCUGAGCCUUCUGCUGGCUUCCACUGUCUUACCCAUUGGCUGUACAGUCUGACUGAGACAGUCCUUCCCGGGCUGGUGAAACAGGCUGACCCCCAGCAUGUCAUCGAGUACUCCUUGGCCCUCAUUACCGUCCUCAAUGAGUAUGAACAGGUGACAUCUUCAGAGGAAGAAGCCAGUCACGAGAGGCAUCUCCGGGUGCUCAUGCGAAGAAACAUUACUGAGAUCCUUGUCUCCCUUCGUGUCAAUACUGUGGAUGAUAUUCAGCAGAUUUCAGCCGCCCUGGCCCAGUGCACAGUAGCAAGUAAGGAAUUUGUAUGCCAUUCUUGCCUGAAGAAAACCCUGAACAAGCUGGAGAACAUGAUGGCCAUCCUGCAAAACGAGACCACGCAAGGCACAGUGACCCCCACGGCCAUUGCUGACAACAUCCUCAACAUUACCGGUGACCUCAUUCACCUGGUGAACUCAGAUACCCAGGGCCUGGAGCCUACAGAACUCUACAGCAAACCCCACACCCUUCUAGUGGCCUUCAAGGCUUAUAACCUGUCAUCUGACCUGAUGAGAAUCCUCAUGAAGUCUCGAGUGCUGAACGAGGAACCGCUGACCCUGGCGGGGGAAGAGAUCGUGGCUCGGGGCAAACGUUCAGACCCCUUCAGCCUGCUGUGCUAUGAGAACACCUCUGAUUGCCAGUUUUCCAUACCACCUGCUUUCAACAGCACCUUCUCUGACCUCACUGAUGUCAUCCAGCUCAUCUUCCUUGUGGACUCCAACCCCUUCCCCUUUGGCUACAUCAGCAACUACACGGUUUCCACUAAAGUGGCCUCUAUGGCCUUCCAGACUCAGGCAGGGGCCCAGAUCCCAAUAGAGCGACUGGGCUCCGAGAAGGCCAUUACCGUCAAGGUGUCCAACAACACCAGCGGAGGUGGCGGGGACAGAGUCCUUUCCACCAGCACUGCCAUCAUCCAGCCCCGGACAUCUGUCAGCGCCAUCAUUGCCCCCGAAAACCACAACCCUGAGGCCGGCCUGCACUUCCAGCUUACCUACACGGUGCUGAAUGAGCGGUAUCUGUCUGAGGAGCCUGAGCCCUUCGUUGCUGUCUAUCUGCACUCGGCCCCGCAGCCCAAUGAAUACAACUGCACAGCCAGCAAGAAGAUUGGAUUGAAGGCAUUGACUGGAGGCGACCACAGGCUUUACACCUUCUUCAUCUCUCCUGGGACGGAUGAUACAACAGCAAGUUACUACCUGAAUAUGACCAGUCAUUUUCAUUGGUCUGAGGUAGAAGUGACGGUGGGUCUUUACACGUCACUUUGCCAGUAUUUCAAUGAGAAGGAGAUGAUGUGGAAAACAGAGGGCAUCGUACCUCUGGAAGAGACCUCCCCGAGCCAGGCCGUCUGUCUCACACGUCACCUCACAGCCUUCGGUGCUAGCCUGUUUGUUCCUCCCAGCUCCAUCCAAUUCAUCUUCCCUGAGCCAGCUCCAGGCAUCAACUAUAUAGUUCUCCUGACUUGUGCUGUGUGCCUGGCCACUUACGCAGUGACAGCUUUGAUUGUCCACAAGCUGGACCUGAUGGACGUCAGCCGAGUGAGCAUCAUCCCCUUCUGUGGGAAGAAUGGUCGCUUCAAGUAUGAGAUUCUUGUCAAGACUGGCUGGGGCCAGGGCUCAGGCACAACAGCCCACGUGGGUAUCACCCUCUACGGGGCAGAUGGCCGAAGUGGACACCGGCACCUGGACGGAGAGAGUGCUUUCCACCGAAACAGUCUGGACAUCUUCCAGAUUGCUACCCAGCGCAGCCUUGGAAGCGUGUGGAAGAUCCGAGUAUGGCAUGACAACAAAGGGCUUAGCCCAGCCUGGUUCCUGCAGCACAUAAUUGUCCGGGAUCUACAGACUGGCCGAAGUGCCUUCUUCUUGGUGAAUGAUUGGUUGUCUGUGGAGACUGAGGACAAUGGGGGCCUGGUGGAGAAGGAAGUCCUAGCAGCAAGCGAUGCAACUCUGCGCAGGUUCCCAAGGCUGCUGACAGCAGAACUCCAGAGAGGCUUCUUUGAGAAGCACAUCUGGCUCUCGUUGUGGGACCGCCCCCCACGGAGCCGCUUCACACGGGUCCAGCGUGCCACCUGCUGUGCCCUCCUCAUCUGCCUCUUCCUGGGGGCCAAUGCUGUGUGGUAUGGAGUUGUAGGAGAUGUCAAUCACAGCAAUGUGCCCAUGUCCAGCCUGAUCCCAUUAAGUGUGGACACAGUAGCUGUUGGCCUGGUAUCCAGUGUGGUGGUCUACCCCCUCUAUCUCGUUAUCCUGUUUCUCUUCCGAAUGUCCCGGAGCAAGGCUUUUUCUGGACAAACUAAAACAGACUUGUUUCUGGAUGAUUCUAAAAGCCUGAUGCAGUGGCAGUCCAGCGAUGGCACUCUCAGCUGGCCAGACCUUCUCAGUGACCCUUCCAUCAUGGGUAACACCCUUCAGAGGCUGGUGCGGGCCCGGGCUGGGAACACUCAGGGCCUGGAGGUCAUGGAAGAAGAUGGUCUCUCCCUGGGCAAUCCCCCUCCCCAGACUAAGUACUUCUCCACCUCAGAUGAAGAUCUGAUCCGACAGAUACUUGCUGAGGGGGCCAACAGCAUUGCUUCUGUGAGAGACACCCACCUGGAGACUGAUCUACUCACUGGCCUGUCUGGUUCUCUGGGGGCAAAAACGGAGACACUGAUGUUACAGAGGUUGAAUGAGAAGGGUCUUUCCACCAUGGCCGCCCCCCAGGAACUGGCCCAGUCAGCAAAGUUCACCAGAGAAGGGCCGGCUGAGGGUCUGCAGAAGCGGCUCCUUCCUCCCUGGUGUGCCCCCCUCGCCCAUGGGCUCAGCCUCCUGCUCGUGUUGGUGGCCGUGGGCGUCUCGGGCUGGAUCGGCACCGACUUCACUUCUAGCGUCGGCGUCAUGUGGCUCAUCUCGGGCAUCUUUAGCUUCCUGUCCUCAUUCCUGGUCUGGGAACCUCUCAAGGUGCUGCUGGAAGCCCUCUACUUCUCCCUGGUGGCAAAGCGACUCCAUCCAGAGGAGGACGACACUCUGGUGGAGUGUCCAGCUGUGGAGCCCGUGUGUGAGCGGAUCCCCCGAGUACGGCCCCCCCAGGGCUUUGCGCUCUUUCAGGCCAAGGAGGAGGCUCGUAAAGUCAAGCUUCUGCACAGGAUGCUCAAGAAUUUUCUGGUAUAUAUGCUGUUCCUGCUGGUGACCCUCCUCACUAACUAUGGAGAUGCCUCAAGCCACACCCAUGCUUACCGUCUGCAGAGCUCCAUCAAACAAGAGCUGGACAGCAAGGCCUUCCUGGGGAUCACCAGGUCAGAUGAAUUCUGGGUGUGGAUGUCACGGGUGCUGCUCCCCUACGUCCAUGGGAACCAGUCUGCCCUGGAGUUGGGGCCCCCACGUCUUCGGCAGGUUCGGCUACAGGAAGUACUCUGCCCAGAUGCUCUGGGAACUAUGAGAAGAAUGUGCACCACAUCCGGCAGUUUCAGUACCCAGGAUUAUGAGGUUGGCUGGGAAAGCAGCUCCCCAAACGGAACGAGGGCCUGGGCCUACUCAGCACCUGACUUGGCAGGGGUCUGGUACUGGGGUUACUUCUCUGUCUACGACAGUGGAGGCUACAUCCAGGAGCUGGGAGUCAGCCUGGAGGAGAGUCGAGAAUUGCUGAGCUUCCUACAGCGGCAUAAUUGGAUUGACAACAUGAGCCGUGCGGUGUUUGUGGAGCUCACCCAGUACAGCCCGGCUGUAGGGCUCCAUGCUGCGGUCACGCUGCGCCUGGAGUUCCCGGUGUCUGGACGAGCGCUGACGGCCAUCAGCGUCCGGCCCUUCCCCCUACAGCGGCUCAGUGCAGGCGUCACCCUGCAGUUGCUGAUGAUGGUUUUUCUGAUGCUCUUUGUCGUGUACUUCGUGGUGGCCGAGGCCCUGGCCAUGCAGAAGGAAGGCCAGGCCUACCUGGUCCGUGCAGGAGCCUGGAGCCAGUGGCUGCUGAUCCUCUUGACCACAGCCACUGUGCUCAUCCACCUGAGUCAGCUGAGCCUGGCUGACCAGCAGUGGGGCCGUUACCUGAAACGCCGUCCUCAUCACUUCACCAGCUUCUACCAAGUGGCCCAGCUCAGUUCAGCCUUUGCCAGCCUGGCUGCGUCCCUGCUUUUCCUGCUGAUGAUCAAGGCUGCCCAGCAACUUCGCUUCAUCCGUCAGUGGUCAGUGUUUGGGAAAACCCUCUACCGCUCAGUGAGAGAGCUGGUGGCAGCUGGCUUGGCGCUCCUGGUGUUGGCCAUUGCCUAUACCCAACUAGGCUUCAUGCUGUUUUCUUCCUGCGCCGACUCUCUCAGAAGCAUGGGCUGGGACCUCUUUCUGCUGUGCCCAGCGGGUGGGGACCCCCAUUUGUGCCCCUCGGAGCCCUGGCGUCUCUCACCCUUGCUCUGCACCAGCCUCACGGUGCUGCAGCUGUGGGGGGCUCUGCGGCUGGGGGCCGUUGUGCUGCGGAGGCGCUACCACGCCCUUCGGGGCGAGCUUUACCGCCCAGCAUGGGAGCCCCAGGACUAUGAGAUGGUGGAGCUAUUUCUGCGUCGCCUGCGCCUCUGGAUGGGUUUCAGCAAGGUCAAGGAGUUUCGACAUAAGGUCCGGUUUGAAGGCAUGGAACCUCUGCCCUCACGCUCAUCAAGUGACUCCAAAUCAUCUCAGGACGUGUCCCCACCGAGUGCUGGUUCCGACACCUCACGCCCAUCCACCUCCUCCAGUCAGCUGGAUGGGAUGAGCCUGCUGAUGGGCCGCGCGGGGGCCCGGGGAGACCCUGAACCGGAGCCCUCUCGCCUCCUCUCAGUCUUUGAGGCUCUGCUAACUCAGUUCGACCGCCUUAACCAGGCCACAGAGGAGGUGUACCAGUUGGAACAGCGGCUGCAGGGUCUACAAGACCAGAGAUCCAGUGGCCAUUUGGCCAGGCCGCCCUGGGGCCCUGGCCUUCCUACCCCUUCACCUUCUGCGGGUCCAUCCCUAGGGAUCCAGACCACUCUGCCAGCCAGGAUUGCACGGGCCAGCAGGGGUAUGGGUGUGGCAGCUGCCCAUUCUUCUUCCAGCUCACCUCUUGUAAGGGCAUCGAUAAGGGCAAAGAACAGGAUCCACCCCAGCCUUACAUAGAGAGGGACCUGGUCAGGGUGGAGUAGGAGCCUUCGGUACUAUUACGGCUCCUGCCUGAAUCCCUAAUGUCAGACCACUUCCCAGGGUACCUCCUUUGGCCCCCCCUCCAACCCAGCGGUUCCUUCCCUUGGGAUUUGGACUGUAGCUUGUCCCUGGCUACAGCCCCUUAUACCUGAAGCAGGGAUGCCUCUCAGUAUUAAGCUCUCUUACCCAGGGGUUCUAGCUUACCUUCCCACCCCCCACCCCCCAGUAAUGAUGUACUUGGGCCCAGGGGUUAUGGGAAGGAAGAACCAAUGGCACCCAGAUUCCCCAGCAUGGCCUCUCUAGCCAGGAACGCCAAGCCCUGGGUGGAGGGGCUCCAAAACUCAGCACUUUAACGGAGGCUUUAACAGGCAGGGACCCAAGUAUUCUCAGCACUCCAGAAUAGGGCUGGGGUAAAAAACAGUAUUGGAUUUUUCUAGGCCUAAAACGAAAUAAGUGAGAACCAAAGGUGUGACCAUCACGUGUAGGGGAGGUGGGGGGCUCACUGUGGUGAUGGUAGCUGUAGGGAAGUCAGGUCCCUUAGGAUGGAGGAACAGAUUCCCCUCCCCUGAUCCUCAUGUGUCUGAAGUAGAACAUGGGGGUGUGGCGCGGGGAGACUAGAUGGAGGUUGGGGCCUUUGAGGGCUAAGGAUUCAGCCCCUCAUUCCCUAAUUUAUUACCUGGGCCCUCCCUCAGGUACAGCGGGGCUGUGCCUGCCCCACCUCCCCCAGUGGCAGGCACCUCCUCCUCACAUGAAGGGCACCCCAGCCUGCCUCCCCCAAUCCCUAAGUUAUUGUCACCCCCUACACUUACAUUCCAGCCACUGUCUCACCAUGUAUAUGUAUAUUGUCAGUAAUUUAUACGGGGUUAAAAUGUAUAUAUUUUUGUAUGUCGCUAUAUUUUCAUAGCACUGGGGUGAGGGGAGAGCCGUAGCACAUGUAGUUGAGCCUCUCCCCUCCCGCCAAUUAUUUAAAGUGAUGUUCCGAGGGCACAGCCCUCACCGAGUUUGCUGUAUAUAAAGUGUUAGUGGUGUGUGUGGAUGUCCCAGAGCCGAGGGGCCCCAUGCCAGGGCCACGGGUUUCCGGUGGGCUUCAAAGACUUGGGAUGAAGGAGUAGCUCGGAGGCCAGAGGGGCAGGACCCAGGUCAGCGAGCUAGGGUCAGGGUGUAGAGCAGGUAAUGCGGGGUGGGGGUUGGUUUCUCGUGGGAGACCUGGGAACUGGGACGGGGAACUGUUACUUCUGCUUGUUGCACAUUAACCUGGCCUGGGGGGCCGGGUCCAGCCUGGGGAGGGAGGGGAGAGGAUAUAGAGAUCCUUUUUUACAGGCUUAUUUGUCCUACCCACCUGCUCAAAAUGAUUGGGAAAGGAGGAAGGGAUUAGAGUAGGAGGCCCCCAGACAAUAACUUUGCUUUAAGCCACAAAAUGGAGAGAUGGGCAAGAAUCCUUAAGUGCCAAAAGUGUGAUGGAGUUAGGGGUGUGUGUGUGCGUGUGUGUGUGUGUGUGUGUCCAUGCAUGUGUGUACACAUGCCUGUAUAAUAAUGUGUGAGAGACAAGCAACAGUUGCCAUAAUUACUGAAACCCCUUUAAGAAAGACAUGCCCAGGAUGCACUGUACAGGAAAAAGGGCCUUAUUCCUUGGGAAUGAGGCUAACAACAUGCACCUGCUCCCUAACACCGGGGAAGCAGGGGAGGGGGUCCA